AUGUUGGAGACGAUGAUGUUUUUACUUCUCUGUGUUCCUCAAAUGUGUUCCCCUCUAAAAGGACAACAGAUCAAUAAAGCAGGCAAGCUUGAAGAAUUCAGACAACUAACAUUUGCUGAUGAUAACUCAACUCAGGAAGCGCUACCAGUAGGGAUUCUAAUAGGCAUUGACCAUUACUUCAAAUUUUUCACUGGAAAAAGAAUACUAAGCGAAACAGGAACAGUGGCUAGUGAAUCUACGUUAGGUUGGGUUUUAAGUGGUUCUAUUUAUAAACAGUCUUCUGAUGAAAUGAACUGCUUAGAAGUUCUCAAUAUGCGUUGCUCCGUGGAAGAGCCUGUGAAAAAUAUUGAUAUUUUAAGACAAGAUUUUGACAAGUUUUGGAACAUUGAGGAAAUCGGUUCCUCUCAAUGUGUUGUAACGUUUGAGGUCCCUAAAACACGUUUAAUAAAACAAGGAAUUCUCGAUGAUUACAACCAAAUCUUCUGUGACUGCGAAAGGGAUGGUGUAAUUGAACGUGUUCCGCUAAAUGGUUUGUGUACGGAAAACGGUCAAGUUCACUACAUACCUCACAUCAUCAGGCAAGAUAAGGAGACAACAAAGAUCCGUGCAGUGUUUAAUGUCUCCUGUAAUGCUAACGGAUUGUCUCUCAAUGAUUGUCUGUACUCUGGUCCUAACCUUCUAUUGAAAAUUUUUGACGUUUUGAUUCGAUUUCGCCCCAACCGAGUUGGCAUUUUAGCUGACAUUAAGCAAGCGUUUUUGCAAUUUGGUAUAUCUGAAGAACAUAAGGAUUUUUUACGUUUUCUUUGGUUAGAUUCGACUGCCGGUUAUGAUUCCAUUGUUGUUUUUCGUUUUUUAAGAGCUGUUUUUGGAGUUACCAGCAGUCCCUUUUUGUUAAAUGCUAUCAUUAGACAUCAUUUGAGCAAAUAUUUAGUAACUGUUUUGAAAGAGUUAAUCGAAAAAAUGUUAGACGAUCUAUAUGUGGAUGACUUAGUUUCAGGCUGUGAUUCGAGUGAGCAAGGAAAAACGUACUACAAAAAUGUUAAAAGCAUAAUGUUUGGAGCUGGGUUCGUUUUACGGAAGUGGGUAACUAAUGAUUCUGAGUUAUCCUCUUAUUUUGCAUCCCAUGAGAACAUUAAUGGUCAAGGUGUAAAGUCUAAUGAGGAUGAUGCGUGUUAUUGUGACACCAUCUUGCCUCAGGCUGACAAAAAUGCCACUGCAUUGGGUUUAAGGUGGGAUACCAACAUUGAUGAAUUUGUUUUUGAUUUCAACUAUCUACUUCAAAAAUGUUUAGAGAUGAAAAAGACUAAGCGCGGUCUUUUGAGCACAGCCGCCUCAGUUUUUGAUCCUCUAGGUAUUGUUGCUCCUGUAACAGCAAGGAUUAAAACUAUUUUUCAAUUCCUCUGUAGUGAUAAGUUAAGUUGGGAUGAUAACAUACCACAAAAUGUUUUAACUAUUUGGGAAAAAUUUGUGGAGGAAUUGAAAGCAUUAAAUGAAGUCAGAGUUCCAAGAUUCAUUUUUACUGGUUGUAUUGGUGAUUUGAUAGAGAUUCAUGGUUUUUCAGACAGUUCUAAGGAGGUUUAUUGCGCUGUGUUGUAUAUGAGGGUUGUGUCAGGUAGCAAUGUGAAUUUAAGUUUUAUAGCAUCUAAGACAAGAGUGGCCCCUUUGAAGCAACUUUUAAUUCCAAGAUUAGAAUUAAUGGGAUGUUUGCUUCUCUCUACAUUGGUACGUGAAGUGUUAGAUGGGUGGAAAGGUAGAUUUCACGUGAAUAAGGUCUUUUGUUGGAGUGAUUCACAGGUGAGUUUGGCGUGGAUAAAGGGAAAAGAACGAAGGUGGAAACCAUGGGUGGAAAAUAGGGUAGUUUCUAUUAGAAAGGUUGUUGAGAGGAGUGAUUGGCAUUUUGUGAAAGGUGACCUGAAUCCUGCUAAUAUUCCGACUCGUCUUGGAAAAGAUUUAAAUGAUUGUUUUUCUAGUUCGUGGUUAGCUGGUCCAACGUUUUUGUUGAAACCUGAUUUUGUUAACUUUUCUACAGAUUCUAAUUCUGUUAAUGAUACUGUUCUUUCUGAAUCUAAAAAAUAUUUUACCGAUAACCAGAACGAAAUUUACACAAACUUGACCGAAACAAACAUGACUGUAACAGCUACUGAAGACAUUGGGUUGAGUAAGACCCUUGAUGUGAACAAAUUUAGCUCGUUAAGGAAGCUCAUCAUGGUUGCUGGUUUCAUCUUUCGCUUUGUAAACAAUCUGAAGAACAAAGCUGCUAACUUACAACAUCAAAACGUUACAGAAGAAACGCUUACAAAAGAAGAAUACGAUGUCGCAUUCACAAAGCUCAUCAGAGAAGAACAACGAAUUUUGCAACGCCAGUCAGACUUUGGAAAGCUUCGCAAUUCGCUUAAGCUAUUUGCUGGUGACGAUGAUGUUCUUCGGUUAAAAGGAAGAUUUGAGAAUUUCACGCUAACAUCCGAUGAGAAGCAUCCAAUUAUACUUCGAGAUGGCGGAAGCAGUUUUACGCAACUGGUUAUAUGGGAUGCGCAUCAACACGUUAUGCAUCAUGGUAUCGAAUCAACAUUGGGUUACGUCAGAAAAAUGCUUUGGAUAGUGAAGGGAAGAAAGUCUGUGAAGAACGUCAUUCGAAAGUGUGUAAUUUGUAUUCGUUUUCAAGGAAGAACACUCAGACCGCCGACAUCUCCCGAUCUGCCAGAGUUCAGGAUUGAUAGUUUUUCCAAAUCGUUUAAUUGCACGGGUUUAGACUUUGCAGGUCCUUUAUUUUAUAGGAGUUAUUGUAAAUCUAGUAUUUGUAAAUCGGACAGUCUAAUAUGUUAUAUCCUACUCCUUACAUGUGCCACAAUUCGUGCGAUUCAUUUGGAACUUGUAACCGAUCAGUCUACCCAUUCGAACGUUCGAGGUUUUCGCAGAUUUGUUUCACGGAGGGGAACUCCGAAUACUAUUGUGCACGAUAACGCUAAGACCUUCAAAUCGACAGAAGUAAAAAAUUACAUGAUAAAACAUGGGAUUAAGCAGUGUUUUAUUUUGCCAGCAUCACCCUGGUGGGGCGGUUUCUACGAGAGAUUGGUCCGUAGUGUCAAAACAACAUUAAAGAAAACGCUGGAACGGUCGUUGUUAACGUUUGAAGAACUCCAAACAACGCUGUGUGAAGUAGAAACAACGAUCAAUAGUCGUCCAUUGACAUACGCGAAUAAGGAUGACCUCGAUAAAGUUUUAACACCAAACCACCUGAUUUAUGGAACGGACAUUCACGAAAACGACCAGAAAUUCGACUCUAUUCUGCAAUAUGAGGACUUCUCAAGACGUGUUCAUGAUUCAUACUUACCAAGAGGACGAUGGAAAAUUGGCAAAAUUAUCAAAGUUAUUCAGGGAAAAGAUGGAGCCAUUCGAGGUGCGAAAUUAAACACAAUGUCAAAGCAGAAACGAUUUACCACUGUAUUUCGACCAUCUCAAAAACUCAUUCCCUUCGAAAUUGCCAACAACAUUGUUGCCAAACCCGAACCGACAGUACAACUAACAAAUAAUGAAAAGUAUGACAAUAGGCACACCUUUCGAGAAGGAAGUGGAGUUGUGUCUACUAAUCUCGUUUUUACAAAAUUGAUAUGCUUAAGUUUGCGAAUUCGAUACAUCGAUGGUCAUCUUAGAGAAAUAUUUUGUGUUACUUUGGAUGAGUUCAAGAAAGAUUUUCAAACAAAUAAGGCACUCAAGGAGAACUGA